AUGGGCUGCUCCUCGAGCAAGCAUGAUGAAACACAGGAGCUAGCACCUCAGAGGAUUACUGGAUUGGAGAACAACAAUGACAGUACCCCUCCAGUGAGAAACACUGUGGGCCUGGGUGCACAAUCUCAAAAAAGCCCGGGGACAUCUGGGCCAACGUCCAUACCACGCAAUCCAAGCUGGCACCCACCACCCGCUCAAAUCGGUAUAGAUGUUUUGCAUGACGACAACAACGCAGACAUUGAUAUCGUCGCCGUCCAGGGAUUAGCCUCGAAUCCAGAUUAUGCCUGGAUAUGGCAACCGCAGUACAACAAGACCGGCCAGGAAGGGUAUCCUGUCGACUAUUUCAACUGGCUAAAGGAUUUGCUUCCAGGUGGCCUAACAUCUAGCAAGAUAUCCAGUCGAGUCAUGGCCUUCAAUUACCUGUCGGGUUAUAAGUCUAAUGCCCCUCAACAAAAGCUCUCCAGCCUCUCGGGCUUGUUGUUGGACAGCCUAGCAAUUCCGCGGAAGAACGCCAUCAUCUCCGCCACCCAAGAAAGCUCGCCUCAUCUUGACAUAGGGGCGUCAACCGCUGGAAUAAUCUUUCUGGGGACACCACAUUAUGGAUGCAAAGUCGCACAGUGGAGCAACAUAAUUCUAGCUCUUUACUCUCCUUUCCAGACCAUCGAACGCAGGAUCGUGACUAGCCUGGCGACGGAAGCAGACGAAUUGGAUGAUCGUUUACAUGAAUUCACCCGUUGGAUCAAUCAUCAAGGAGUGCCUGUUGUCUGCUUCUAUGAAACGACGAAAACGGAUUAUUCAAAACUUCCUGGCGCGUUAAAGAAGUUGGGUGAAGUUCUGGUUGUUCCCCAGCAAAGUGCCUGCAUUACAGGGCUUGAUCACACCAAGCUCGACACAGAUCAUUCCAAGAUGAACAAAUAUUUUGGAGAGAAGGAUCCAUCCUAUCGGCAGGUCUUCGGUAGAAUCGAUCAAAUGGCCCUGGGAGCUCGGGAUCUCCUUUCACGCCGCCAAACCCCAGUUCCUAUUCCCAAGUUGCAAGACUUGCACAAGGGUGAUCUGUAUACAUGCCUCCAGCAAAUGAGAGUUACAGAUCCCCGGGAUAUCCUGUCGGAUAUCAAGGUUCGAAGGGGAGAAAGGGUAGGGCGGACAUGCGAUUGGAUCUUACAGGAAAAAGAAUUCUGCGAUUGGCAGGCCAGCGACACCUCACAGUUUCUACGCAUUGCUGGCCCUCCUGGUAUGGGAAAGACAAUGAUGUCGACCUUGAUUGUCGAGGAUAUCAAGAACAGCGUGGAAAUAUCUCCCGACCGAGCCUUUGUCUACUUCUUCUGUGAUGAUAAGGCAGGAGAAGACCGGCGAAUGCCCGCAGCAAUUCUUCGAAGCCUUAUCUGGCAGCUCCUCUUGCAAAACAAUAAUCUUUUCCGGCAUCUCGAGGAAGACAUAGAAAGACAUGGUCUGAACAGUCUCUUCACAGGGCUCUUCCAAGAUUUGGCCGCCAUGUGGCGAAUCUUCAAAAGCAUGGUCCGAGACAAGCAAGCAGGUGAAGUGUUUAUCUUGAUUGACGCUUUCGACGAAUGCGACAGCGAAAGUCGCAAAGAAUUAUUGGCUAGAAUACCUGAGCUCUUCUCAGCCUCAUCUGGAGGACCACUCGGAAAAGUCAAACUCCUUGUCACCUCCCGAUUAGCGAUUCACGAUAUCGAGAGUGGUUUCAGGCCCCUGGGUGUAACUAUCGAGCUCCAUUCCGAAAGGAUCAAGAAAGACCUGGAGGAAUUCAUCGAAUUGAAGACACAGGAUCUUACAAUGCGCAAUCCUGGUUUGAGACCGUCCGAAAGCCAGAUCAGGCAGGACUUGAAAGCCGGAAGUGAAGGGACAUUCCUCUGGGUAUCUCUCAUGGUGGCCGAGAUCCAAAGGUCUGGAGUGCUGAACCAUAAAGUGAAGAAGUUGCUUAAGAGCCCCCUGCGCCAGCUUGACGAAAUCUACGAAUCCAUUCUGAAUCAGAUCAGCCCUGAGAAACGAAGUGAGGCUCAGUUCAUUCUGCAUUGCAUGGUUGCUGCCAAGCGUCCAUUGACAAAGAUGGAGAUGAAGAUAGCUUAUGUCACCUCCGAGCUUCCGGUGAAGAACACCCGCAGCGAACCAGUGCCACGCCAGAAGGAUGUCAAAGAUUACGAUGAUAUUCUGUUAGCGUGCAGCUCCAUUCUUACCCCAAUGCAUGAGGAUAAAGGUGACAGCGAAACGGUCAGCUUCUGUCAUCAAUCCGUCAAGGACUUUCUGUUGAAAGGUUCUCGGACCAACCGGGAGUGGUAUUUCACAUCUACAGACAAGGCCAAUCUUCUCGUUUUCCAGACAUGUUGGAAAUAUUUGACUGCAGAAGACGGUUUACUUGGAGAAUGUCUGAGGGGAACGUCGAAACAACCAGGUCUAAAAUACGUGCCUGGAUGGGAUGGGAAGAAACUCCCGACGAACCAUCGAUUCAAAAAGUGGACCAAAAGAGCAAGAACGAAAAGUUCUGAAUACGUGCUCCUGGAAUAUGUGUACGAGAUGUGGGACAAGCACGCAAUUUCCACUUACCCUGCGGUCAAAAAAGACCUGGAGAUCGAUUUCAAUGACGCGCUAUGGUUGCGCGAUGUUUGGUUCCUAUGUGCAGCCAAAGACGGAGAGGUCGACAUGUUGAACUUUCUUUUGACUUUCGAUAAAGAUCUCAUGAGGAAAAUCGAUCAGUCUGAAAGGACAGCAUUAUCAUUGGCUGCAGGGAAUGACCAUGUGCGUGCGGUUGAGAGACUACUAGCAGCAAGAGAGGUCGAGAUUGAUGCGAAGGACUCCAUCGGACGAACCCCUUUGUCCUACGCUGCAGAAAAGGGUCAUGUUGAGGUGAUCAAGACGCUCUUAGCGACGGGAAAAGCCGAUAUUGAGUCAAAGGCUCUUUUUGCCACGAGACCUCUACAUUGGGCUGCAGAAGCAGGCCAUGUGGAUGCGGUUAAGAAGCUCCUGGAUAUGGGGGCUGAGGUUGAUGCGAUUGAUUCUAUCGGACGAACACCGUUGUCCCGCACAACAGAUAUCCAUGUAUAUGACCUACUACGAAAGAGAGGAGCAGCUGAGAUUGAGCAGAGGCCUAAAAGGCGCGGUUCAAACUCCUCGUCGCUUUAUAUGCCGGAGUUCGAGCCGCUGUUCUGA